CAGCGCUCCGCGGGCGGCAGGCGCGGCCCCCGAGCCUCCGCACGGCGCCGGGCCGCGAGCCUCGCGGGGCCGGAGCCCGAGGGUCGCCGCGAUGGCCCUCAAGAUGGUCAAGGGCAGCAUCGACCGCAUGUUCGACAAGAACCUGCAGGACCUGGUCCGCGGCAUCCGCAACCACAAGGAGGACGAGGCAAAAUACAUCUCUCAGUGCAUUGAUGAAAUCAAGCAAGAGCUGAAGCAGGAUAAUAUAGCAGUGAAAGCCAACGCAGUCUGCAAGCUGACCUAUCUACAAAUGCUGGGAUAUGACAUCAGUUGGGCUGCCUUCAACAUCAUAGAGGUGAUGAGCGCCUCUAAGUUCACAUUCAAGCGCAUUGGCUACCUUGCUGCUUCCCAGUGCUUCCACGAAGGCACCGACGUGAUCAUGCUGACGACAAACCAGAUCCGCAAGGACCUGAGCAGCCCCAGCCAGUACGACACUGGAGUUGCACUGACUGGUCUGUCCUGUUUUGUUACCCCAGAUCUUGCCAGAGACUUGGCAAAUGACAUCAUGACACUGAUGUCACACACGAAGCCUUACAUCAGGAAGAAGGCUGUGCUGAUCAUGUACAAGGUGUUCCUGAAGUACCCCGAGUCACUGCGUCCCGCCUUUCCCCGGCUCAAAGAGAAGCUGGAGGACCCCGACCCCGGGGUUCAGUCAGCAGCCGUGAAUGUCAUCUGCGAACUGGCCAGGCGCAACCCCAAGAACUAUCUGUCCCUGGCCCCGCUGUUCUUCAAGCUGAUGACAUCCUCAACCAACAACUGGGUCCUCAUCAAGAUCAUCAAACUGUUUGGUGCUCUGACGCCUUUGGAGCCGAGGCUGGGCAAGAAGCUGAUCGAGCCUCUCACCAACCUGAUCCACAGCACGUCUGCCAUGUCCCUUCUCUACGAAUGUGUGAACACCGUGAUCGCAGUGCUCAUCUCCCUGUCCUCCGGCAUGCCCAACCACAGUGCCAGCAUCCAGCUUUGUGUUCAGAAACUAAGGAUAUUAAUAGAAGACUCCGAUCAAAACUUGAAGUAUCUGGGGCUCUUGGCCAUGUCCAAGAUCCUGAAGACCCACCCCAAGUCCGUGCAGUCACACAAAGACCUCGUCCUGCAGUGCCUAGACGACAGGGACGAGUCAAUCCGCUUGCGGGCCCUCGACCUGCUCUACGGGAUGGUGUCCAAGAAGAACCUGAUGGAGAUCGUCAAGAAGCUGAUGACACACGUUGAUAAGGCUGAAGGCACCACCUACCGCGACGAGCUGCUCACUAAGAUCAUUGACAUCUGCAGCCAGGCCAACUACCAGCACAUCACCAACUUCGAGUGGUACAUCAGCAUCCUGGUGGAGCUGACGCGGCUGGAGGGCACCCGCCAUGGCCAUCUCAUCGCUGCCCAGAUGCUGGACGUGGCCAUCCGGGUGAAGGCCAUCCGCAGGUUUGCUGUGUCCCAGAUGUCCGCAUUGCUUGACAGCGCCCACCUGGUGGCCAGCAGCACCCAGCGAAACGGCAUCUGUGAGGUGCUCUAUGCUGCCGCCUGGAUCUGCGGGGAGUUCUCGGAGCAUCUACAGGAACCUCAGCACACCCUUGAGGCCAUGCUGCGGCCCAAAGUCACCACGCUGCCCGGCCACAUCCAGGCUGUGUAUGUGCAGAACGUGGUCAAGCUGUACGCGUCCAUCCUGCAGCAGAAGGAGCAGGCUACGGAGACCGAGGCAGCCCAAGAGGUCACCCAGCUCAUGGUCGACCGGCUGCCCCAGUUUGUGCAGAGCGCGGACCUGGAGGUGCAAGAACGGGCGUCUUGCAUCCUGCAGCUGGUCAAGCACAUCCAGAAGCUGCAGGCCAAAGAUGUGCCUGUUGCAGAGGAAGUGAGCGCCCUCUUUGCAGGAGAGCUAAACCCAGUGGCUCCCAAGGCGCAGAAAAAGGUUCCAGUCCCUGUAGGCCUGGACCUGGAUGCCUGGAUCAAUGAGCCGCCCUCGGACAGCGAGUCAGAGGAUGAGAAGCCCACGGCUAUGUUCCAUGCUGAGGAGCAGAGGCAGGCCCGGCCCCGGCCGCCUGAGGCCGACGAAGAGGAGCUGGCCCGGCGUCGAGAGGCGCGGAAGCAGGAGCAGGCCAACAACCCAUUCUACAUCAAGAGCUCUCCAUCCCCACAGAAGCGGUACCAGGACAUGCCGGGCGUGGAGCACAUACCUGUGGUGCAGAUUGACCUCUCGGUGCCUCUGAAAGUCCCAGGGAUGCCCAUGUCUGAGCAGUACGUGAAGCUAGAGGAGGAACGUAGGCACCAGCAGAGGCUGGAGAAGGACCAGAGGCGGAAGAAGAAGAAGGAGAAGGCGAGGCGGGGCCGGCACCACCGCCACAGCUCACUGCCCACAGAGAGCGACGAGGACAUCGCCCCCGCCCAGCGGGUGGACAUCGUCACUGAGGAGAUGCCUGAGAAUGCUCUGCCCAGUGAUGAGGAUGACAAAGACCCCAACGACCCCUACAGGGCCUUGGACAUCGACCUGGAUAAGCCCUUAGCUGACAGCGAGAAGCUUCCCGUCCAGAAACACAGAAACGCCGAGACCUCCAAAUCCCCCGAGAAAGAGGACGUUCCCGUAGUAGAGAAAAAGAGGAAGAAACCUAAGAAGGAGAAGAAACACAAGGAGAAAGCGAAAGAGAAAGGGAAGCAGGCAGAGAAGAAGGAGGGCGAGGACUUAGAUUUCUGGCUGUCUACCACCCCACCACCUGCCGCUGCCCCUGUCCCAGUCCCUUCCUCGGAUGAGCUGGGUGUGGAAACCACUGUCGUCCCUAAAGACGAGUGUGAGGAACCCAGAGGGGAGGAGCCAAAGGAUGAGGAGGGAGAGGCUGGUGAGCGAGGCCCGGACAAGAAUCCCUCCAAGCAUAAGAAGAAAAAGCACAAGAAGGAGGAGCGGCCCAGAGACAGGAAGAAGCCCAAGAAGCGGCAGCAGCCCGAGAGCGCGGCGGGCCCCGUGCAGAACGGCGCGCUGGAGGAGGAGCCGCUCCCGCCCAUGUCCAGCUACUCCCUCCUCGCUGAAAAUUCUUACAUUAAAAUGACGUAUGACAUCCAGGGCAGCUUGCAGAAGGACAGCCAGGUCACCGUGUCCAUCAUCCUGGAGAACCAGAGCAGCAGCUUUCUGAAGAGCAUGGAACUCACCGUGCUCGACUCGCUCAACGCCAGGAUGGCCCGGCCAGAGGGCUCCUCGGUGCAUGACGGCGUCCCCGUGCCUUUCCAGCUGCCUCCAGGUGUCUCCAAUGAAGCCCAGUUUGUGUUCACUGUCCAGAGCAUCAUCAUGGCCCAGAAGCUCAAGGGGACCCUAUCCUUCAUUGCAAAGAAUGACGAAGGGGCCACCCAUGAGAAGCUGGACUUCCGGCUGCACUUCAGCUGCACUUCGUACCUGAUCACCACACCAUGCUACAGCGACGCCUUUGCCAAGCUGCUGGAGUCUGGGGACCUGAGCAUGGGCUCAAUCAAAGUCGAUGGCAUUACCAUGUCCUUCCAGAACCUUCUGGCAAAGAUCUGUUUCCAUCACCAUUUUUCUGUUGUGGAGCGAGUGGAUUCCUGUGCUUCCAUGUACAGCCGCUCCAUCCAGGGCCACCACAUCUGCCUGCUGGUGAAGAAGGGCGAGAGCUCAGUCUCGGUGGACGGGAAGUGCAGUGAAGCCACGCUGCUGGCCAACCUGCUGGAGGAGAUGAGGGCCACGCUGGCCACCUGCUGAGGGCGCACUCAAGCGUCACCCUAACUCCACCCUCGUCCACUGCACAGACACAGAGGUCCAUGUUGCAUUGGUUUGUUUCAUCAUCAUUUUUUACUCCAACUCUGUUCACUCUCUUCGGCAAGCAGCCCCGUUCCUGUCUCCAAACCAGCAAGGGGUCCCCCCAGCCUGGCUCUGCACCCUGCUCUGUGCAGGGGUCGACUCUGGGAAUGCAGCAGCAGGGGCUGCCCCUGGCACAAGCAGGACUGCCAUCCGGGAGGACCGCCAGGACCUGGUGGCCAUCAGGGUGAGGGGUGCCCAGCACAUAGGGCGGGGCUCCCGUGGCCCCUGUGUUUCCCACGUCUCCUCUGGGAGAGCCCUUGUGGCUGCUUCUGUCCCCAGAUGUCCUGACUGGUGCCGUCUGCCGGAAGGUGAGGACUGGGCUGCCGUCACCGAGGUUCUCCCUCCCCAGAACCCACAGCGAGAAACGGUCAUGAGGCUGCUGUCCAUUGCCUGCAUGCCCGUGGGCUGGCUGGCAGCCCAGCCCCAGUGUCCCCAGGCCAGGCUGCGGCAGAAAGGGCCAGGGACAUAGGGCGGAGGAUGUGGUCAGAACCACUGACGGGCCAGGGAUGGACCUUUUUGUUUUCAUUUUUCCUGUUCAGUGGAAGUAUAUCUCAUUGGGUUUGUUGAGGGUGGACUGUUGGAGUUGUGGGGUUCUGUGCCCCUGCUAGUCACUGUGCGCACCACAGGGCUUUGUCUGCGUCAUACCCAUAGCUGUCGGGAGGGCCCAGGGCGGACCUGAAGAGUCGCUCACAGGCAGAGCAGCUGCUGGGCAGCACAAGGGGGACCCUGGCACAGCCUGUUCCCUGUGGCUGGCCAGCUUGGGCAGGAGACUGGAUUUUCCUGAGAUGACCAUGGUCCUUUGUGACAGUUUAAAUCUCCCUUUUGAUGAAAACUGUCACUUUAGCAUGUAGAGUAAUCUAUUACAGAAUCCUGUGCAGUGAUUCUAGAAUUUUGAAAUUGUAUGAUGUGUUACAUAAGAAUUUAUUUGCUAUUGACAUUCCCGUAUAAAGAAGAGAGAGACAUAUCACUCUGCUGUAAUGAUUUUGUGUCAAGAUGAUCCAAUAAAGUUGCAAAACAGACA